AUGCCACAGGACAUACGGCAGAGCAGGGACAUACGGCAGAGCAGGGACAUACGGCAGAGCAGGGACAUUCGGCAGAGCAGGGACAUUCGGCAGAGCAGGGACAUUCGGCAGAGCAGGGACAUUCGGCAGAGCAGGGACAUGCGGCAGAGCAGGGACAUACGGCAGAGCAGGGACAUUCGGCAGAGCAGGGACAUUCGGCAGAGCAGGGACAUACGGCAGAGCAGGGACAUGCGGCAGAGCAGGGACAUUUGGCAGAGCAGGGACACGCGGCAGAGCAGGGACACGCGGCAGAGCAGGGACAUUCGACAGAGCAGGAACAUCUCCAGAGCAGGGACAUUCGGCAGAGCAGGGACAUCUCCAGAGCAGGGACAUACGGCAGAGCAGGGACAUCUCCAGAGCAGGGACAUACGGCAGAGCAGGGACAUCUCCAGAGCAGGAACAUCUCCAGAGCAGGGACAUUCGGCAGAGCAGGGACAUCUCCAGAGCAGGGACAUACGGCAGAGCAGGGACAUCUCCAGAGCAGGGACAUCUCCAGAGCAGGGACAUCUCCAGAGCAGGGACAUCUCCAGAGCAGGGACAUUCGGCAGAGCAGGGACAUCUCCAGAGCAGGGACAUACGGCAGAGCAGGGACAUCUCCAGAGCAGGGACAUCUCCAGAGCAGGGACAUCUCCAGAGCAGGGACAUCUCCAGAGCAGGGACAUUCGGCAGAGCAGGGACAUCUCCAGAGCAGGGACAUCUCCAGAGCAGGGACAUCUCCAGAGCAGGGACAUCUCCAGAGCAGGGACAUUCGGCAGAGCAGGGACAUCUCCAGAGCAGGGACAUUCGGCAGAGCAGGGACAUCUCCAGAGCAGGGACAUACGGCAGAGCAGGGACAUCUCCAGAGCAGGGACAUUCGGCAGAGCAGGAACAUCUCCAGAGCAGGGACAUCUCCAGAGCAGGGACAUCUCCAGAGCAGGGACAUCUCCAGAGCAGGGACAUCUCCAGAGCAGGGACAUUCGGCAGAUUAGGGACAUCUCCAGAGCAGGGACAUCUCCAGAGCAGGGACAUCUCCAGAGCAGGGACAUCUCCAGAGCAGGAACAUCUCCAGAGCAGGGACAUCUCCAGAGCAGGGACAUCUCCAGAGCAGGGACAUUCGGCAGAGCAGGGACAUCUCCAGAGCAGGGACAUCUCCAGAGCAGGGACAUCUCCAGAGCAGGAACAUCUCCAGAGCAGGGACAUCUCCAGAGCAGGGACAUCUCCAGAGCAGGAACAUCUCCAGAGCAGGGACAUCUCCAGAGCAGGGACAUACGGCAGAGCAGGGACAUCUCCAGAGCAGGGACAUUCGGCAGAGCAGGAACAUCUCCAGAGCAGGGACAUCUCCAGAGCAGGGACAUUCGGCAGAGCAGGGACAUCUCCAGAGCAGGGACAUCUCCAGAGCAGGGACAUCUCCAGAGCAGGGACAUCUCCAGAGCAGGGACAUUCGGCAGAGCAGGGACAUCUCCAGAGCAGGGACAUACGGCAGAGCAGGGACAUCUCCAGAGCAGGGACAUUCGGCAGAGCAGGAACAUCUCCAGAGCAGGGACAUCUCCAGAGCAGGGACAUCUCCAGAGCAGGGACAUCUCCAGAGCAGGGACAUUCGGCAGAGCAGGGACAUCUCCAGAGCAGGGACAUACGGCAGAGCAGGGACAUCUCCAGAGCAGGGACAUACGGCAGAGCAGGGACAUCUCCAGAGCAGGGACAUUCGGCAGAGCAGGAACAUCUCCAGAGCAGGGACAUUCGGCAGAGCAGGGACAUCUCCAGAGCAGGGACAUUCGGCAGAGCAGGGACAUCUCCAGAGCAGGGACAUUCGGCAGAGCAGGAACAUCUGCAGAGCAGGGACAUUCGGCAGAGCAGGGACAUCUCCAGAGUAGGGACAUCUCCAGAGCAGGGACAUUCGGCAGAGCAGGGACAUCUCCAGAGCAGGGACAUCUCCAGAGCAGGGACAUCUCCAGAGCAGGGACAUCUCCAGAGCAGGGACAUCUCCAGAGCAGGGACAUCUCCAGAGCAGGAACAUUCGGCAGAGCAGGGACAUCUCCAGAGCAGGGACAUCUCCAGAGCAGGAACAUUCGGCAGAGCAGGGACAUCUCCAGAGCAGGGACAUCUCCAGAGCAGGGACAUCUCCAGAGCAGGGACAUGCAUUCAUAA